AUGGUUUCAAAUCAGUCCGCUGACACAAUGCACGAUGAGCUGCCAUAUCUCAAGAACCACCCCAGUCUCAUCUUUUUCACGGAUUUUGAUGGAACCAUCUCAUUGCAAGAUUCCAAUGACUAUCUGGUUGACAAUCAUGGCUUUGGAGUGGACAAGCGCGAGAAGCUCGAACUGGAACUCCUGAAAGGGAAUAUAUCAUUCAGGGACUCAUUCCAGACCAUGCUUGACAGCGUGCGAACCCCGUUCAACGAAUGUCUUCGGGCCCUCGAAGAGAACAUCCAAUUCGAUCAGCACUUCGUUACAUUCUACCACUGGGCACGAGAGCAUAACAUUCCCAUAGUAGUGCUGUCCUCGGGCAUGGAGCCCAUCAUCAACGCCUUGCUGAAGAGGCUAUUGGGCAGCAAGCCGGAAAACAUCUUCGUAGUCGCCAACGACGUUGAGUCUCGCAAAGGCAAGCAUAUUAACAUGGAUGGUGGCUGGCAAAUUUCCUUUCGCGAUAAUAGCCCAUUCGGUCAUGAUAAAUCACACGCGAUAAAACCAUACGCAGCGCUAGGCGGUCAAUCUCGCCCGAUCUUGCUUUAUGCUGGAGACGGUGUCUCCGACCUGUCUGCCGCAUCGGAAACAGACAUUCUCUUUGCGAAGAGCGGGAUGGGCCUCGUCCGAUACUGUGAGCAAAAGGGGAUCCCAUUUGUCCCUUUUAAUGACUGGGCUUCCAUCCUUGCCACCGUCCAGGGAAUCUACGAAAAUGGAUACAGCAGUGUCAUCGGCCAUCUCUCCCCACAGGUGAAAAACUAA